CAUUCCAAAGCUCAGCAGCAACUCACAGAUCAUCUUCAACUCUGAGCAACUAGAACAAGACCAAAGACCAUGUCUUUAGCUCCAACCAGUCAUCUGUCUCUCUAUUCUUCACCACCAUUGCCUAGAGCUGCUCCAACGAAGCACAACCAUCUUGUGUUUUCUCAAACCAAGACCACUUCUGGCUCUUUCCUCAUGAGUACCCAAUUGGUAAAGCUAUCUCUUUUCAUUGUAAGAGCAUCAGAAACUGAGUCUCCAACAGCUGCAAGUGAAGGUGAAGGAGGAGGAGAUGAACCAUAUGAGGAGUACGAGGUAGAGAUUAUACAGCCUUAUGGGCUCAAAUUUGCAAAGGGUCAAGAUGGUGGGACUUACAUUGAUGCAAUUGCACCCGGUGGAUUUGCUGAAAAGACUGGAAAGUUCACUGUUGGGGAUAAAGUACUUGCCACCAGUGCAGUUUUUGGGGAAGAAAUAUGGCCUGCUUCCGAAUAUGGUAGGACAAUGUACACCAUUCGCCAACGGAUUGGUCCGCUACUCAUGAGAAUGCAGAAGAGAUACGGAAAGUUAGACACUUCAGGUGAACUGACUGAAAAGGAGAUCAUCAGAGCUGAAAGAAAUUCUGGUAUAGUUAGCGGAAAACUGAGGGAAAUCCAAAUGCAAAAUUACUUGAGGAAAAAGGAACAAAAAGCACAAAGAGAAAGCGAUCUUCGAGUUGGACUGCAGCUUUACAAGAGUGGCAAAUAUGAGGAAGCACUGGAGAAAUUUGAGUCUGUAUUAGGUUCAAAGCCAGACACAUUUGAAGCUUCAGUUGCAAGUUACAAUGUUGCUUGUUGUUAUUCUAAGCUUAAUCAGAUAAAAGCUGGACUGUCUGCACUUGAGGAAGCCCUGAAAUCCGGAUUUGAAGACUUCAAGAGAAUCCGGAGUGAUCCUGACCUCGCCAACCUAAGAACAUCUGAGGAAUUUGAUUCUCUAUUAAAAAGAUUUGAUGAAUCAUUUAUCAAUGAGAAUGCCAUCAAUGCCAUCAAAUCUCUAUUUGGCUUCAAUAAGAAAUAGAUCCAUGAUCGGUUCCUUAAAAACUCAAGGACUUGAGCUGGUGGUGGGUUGAGCUUAAUAUAAGUCAACAGAUGAAUUGACUUGUCUAUCAGAUCUGGUGCUUCAUAGUUCAGACAAAUCAAUUUCAGUAUCCAUCUGUUCAUAGCUGUUAGUUUU